AUGUGCACCAGCGGCCAGAUCAUUGGGAGCCUCCUGGUGCUCUCCGUGCUGGAGAUAGGGCUGGGGGUGUCCAGCGUGGCCGUGGGGGCGGUCAGCUUCAGCCUGGCCCUCCGACAGCACAAGCCGCAGCUCGGAGACUCGUCCCCGGUAUGGAGCGGGGUGUGUUUUCUUCUUUGUGGCAUAUGUGGAAUAUUGUGCGCCAAAAAAAAGUCUGGACUUAUCAUGAUCCUCUUUUCCGCCUGCUGCAUCUGCGGCCUCAUCGGGGGCAUCCUGAACUUUCAGUUCCUUCGGGCCGUGACAAGGAGGACCUCUUCCCUCUACCCGCUGCACCUGGCCUCCAUGUCCCUGGCGUGCAUUGGGAUCGGGGGCUGCACCCUCUCUUCCUGGCUCACUUGCCGACUGGCCAGCUAUGAACAGAGGAGGAUGUUCUCGGAGAGGGAGCAUUCCCUGCACCACUCCCAUGAGAUGGCUGAGAAAGAAAUGACAGACAACAUGAGCAAUGGAGGACCACACCUGAUAUUUAAUGGAAGAGUAUAACUAAUGUUUUAAAGGACUGAACAUUUUUUAGGAUUUUCACGAGGCAAGGAAAUACCAAAGGACUAGGAGAUAAAACUGAAACAGUUCUUGCAUUUGCUGUUAUCUCUCCCGAGCACCCACUAAAAUUAUUCUUUCUCUA